GCAAAGACCACUCAGCAGCUCUCCAUGUCGAAAUAGAAAACGUUGUCAGGGAAAUGAUCUUAGCCAACUUUUACGCUAAAAGCUCCUUAUUCAGAAAAUGCAGAAAAAUGAGUAGGCAAAUGAAAUAAAACAAAGAUUUCCAGCUGGCUUGGUUUUGGUAGUGCUCUCUCAGUCGAGAGUUUUCCGACCAGAACUAGAUGAAGUUGCUCGUCCGAAAAGCAGGUAUAUUUCUUUGGAAACUUGAUGUUUUUGAUUUGACCCAUGUGCUUUAAUGAUUCAUUACAGCGUCUCUCUAUUUCUCCCGCACGUUCUGGGUGUUCAGGUCUUAUUUGAUUACUUGCCAGUGAUGUAUCAAUCUUUGAGCCUUAGAAAAUUGUGGCGCUACCGGCAGCAGUCAACGCGUGGCCCUCGGCAAACAGCUUCCCGGUGGUGCGCUCGACUCGUGUCUACAUACCACGCCAAUAAGAAGUUACGAAUAUGAAUUAAACCGGAGGCGCUUCACUAUAUCAGUUAUUGCUAGUAUUUAGGGCUUCACAAGCAACGCGGGAUGCUAGUACUUAAAAGGGAUGCUAGACAUGAAUGCUGUAGGCAGGGCGCGUCUUCGCAGGUGCUAAGACUUCACUCUGAGCCGCAUCUCGUGUGCGUAUUUCUCGGCACUCAUUUCACUCUAAAGAAUUCAAAUGACGUUUGAGGGCUGAAAGGCGGAGAACGCGUUGCUGAUGCUGUGUGGAUAAGACGGCGGACCUACAUUCUGACAUGACUAAAGAGAGGUAUUGCGCAUUCAUUGACUGACGACGCAGAAGAUUCUACAUCAGCACGAGGAUAUGCUUGGUGGAUGUGUUUCGUUCCUCACUUUUCAUCUCGUGACCUUUUUUGCAGAUGAUAUUCAGUGACGCUCUUCUUGG